AUGGCAACAACAACUAGUAAAGCUCAUUGUAGUACAUGUGGAAAAGAAAAAACUGCAUAUAAAUGUGAAGGUUGUUCACAACAUUUUUGUGCUAAUCAUUUGACAGAACAUCAACAAACACUUAGAAAACAAUUAGAUGAAAUAGAAGAUAGACAAAAUCUUUUUAAGGAAGCAUUUAAUCAAGAAAAAAUGAAUCCACAAAAGCAUUUAUUAAUGCAACUAGUUAAUAAAUGGGAACAACAGUCAAUUAAAACAAUUCAGCAAACAGCAGAAGAAGCUAGACAAUUGUUAAUCCAACACACUACUGAAUAUAUUAAUCAAACGGAAGUUAAAUUAACCAAAUUCACUAAACAAUUGAGACAAAUUCGAGAAGAAAAUAAUAUUAAUGAAAACAUUGUGAAUCAGUUUAAACAAAAAAUAAAAGAACUAGAAGUUGAACUUGCUAAAUUGUCAAAUAUCUCAAUUCAAGAAGAUUCUUCAUCAUUUAUUCCUAAAAUAUCUGUCCAUCAUUAUCUAUUUCAAAUGUUUCUUCGGAUGCAAAAUGGUAUUAUUGUUGCUGGAGGAAUUGGAGUUGGUAAUGGAUUAAAUCAACUCUCUAAUCCAUAUGGUAUUUAUGUCGAUCAUGAUGAUCAAACUAUCUACGUGGCUGAGUAUGCAAAUCAUCGUAUUGUUGAAUGGAAAAAAGGAGCGAAAAAUGGUCAGGUCGUUGCUGGUGGAAAUGGUCCUGGAAAUCAAAAUAAUCAAUUGAAUCGACCAAGAAAUGUCAUUGUUGAUAAAAAGAAUGAUUGUUUCAUUAUUUCUGAUUAUGGUAACAAACGCGUUGUACGUUGGCCUCAUCGAAAUGGUACAAGUGGAGAAACAAUCAUUUUAAAUAUUGCUUGUUGGGAUUUAGUUAUGGAUAAUGAUGAUUAUCUUUAUGUCUCUGACAUAAGUAAACAUAAAGUAACACGAUGGAAAAUAGGUGAUAGACAUGGAACAUUAGUAGCAGGUGGAAAUGGCAAUGGUAAUCGUCUUGAUCAACUCAAUCGUCCUUAUUAUAUAUUCGUCGAUCAAGAUCAUUCAGUUUACGUAUCAGAUUGUGAGAAUCAUCGUGUGAUGAAAUGGUUGCAAGGUGCAAAAGAAGGCAUUGUUGUUGCUGGGAGACAAGGUGAAGGAAAUAGUUUGACACAAUUGUCACGACCUUAUGGAAUAAUCGUUGAUCAAUUAGGUACUAUCUAUGUGGCAAACUGUGGUAAUCAUCGAAUAAUGCGUUAUCUAGAUGGGACAACAAAAGGUAGCAUUAUUAUUGGUGAGAAUAAUGGUCAGAGAGAACAAACAAGUCAGCUCAGUCAUCCAGUAGAUGUAUCAUUCGAUCAACAGGGAAAUCUUUAUGUUGCUGAUAAUGACAAUUAUCGAAUACAAAAAUUUGAAAUUGAUUAA